CUUGCAUAUAUUAUAAAUGGAGCUUGACAAAGACAUAAAGAAGGGGCCAAACUUGAAGUGAAAAAAUCCAAGUGGUCCCUAAAACUAAUUUGAAUUACCCAACCAACUCCAUGUCUUAUGUUCUCUGUUAGUUUAUAUCACAUAUAAGAUGGCAAAGGAGGAUCCUAUAUCCAUUCCUAGGGGUAUUGCUAAUGUUUCUAUGUAUAAUCUUUUGGUAGUUGUGAUUUCUGCUAUAUGUUUUACUUUUUUGUUGAACGCUCCAGGAAACAUUGGUUGGACAGACUCAUACCUAAGAGAGAGAAUUAGGGGAAAGCUGACCUUCAAUGUAGCACUUUUCACAAUCAAGAAGGUUUUUUUUGGUUUGUUCAAGCAAAAUAUGCAAUCUUUAAGAGAACCCUUGGUACAUUUCACUUCGUAUAAUGUUUCCUUUAAGAGAACCCCUGGUGCAAUCUUUUGGUUUUUGCACAUUUAAUAUUCAAAAAUUUGAUUUUUCUUUUCUUUUCACAAUUGUACAAUUUUAGCCUUUCAGGAAAUAUGGAGAUCACACUUGCACUUUGUGCCUACAAUAUAGUUUCUGUUUCUUCACAGAUAGUAUAUGGCAGAAAAUUUCCAUUGCUGAGAGACAACUAUUUAAAAAGUUGUUCAAAGAAACUACAGUCUAGGGUAGGACUUCAGCAAAUCGAAACAAAUCUACAAAAGUGAUGCAAAGAAACAGAGAAGUGUGUGUGUGCCGUGAGAUGAAUGUGAAACCAUUCUAGCCUUUUCUCUUCUUGAACCGUUUACAGAUAUUAGAACCGUAGAAGGAAUAAGCUUCUUCCGAGGGAGAGAGUCGAUCGUCUUCUCGACCCUGGUUCUUCUUUCCUAGAGCUUUCUCCAUUUGCAGGUCACGAAUUAUAUGAAGAAAAUUACAUUCGGGUGGAAGUGAAUUCGAUGAAUUCAAAAAGCUAUACGGCACUACACUUGUAACAGAAUAUUACGGGAUUUAUGGUUGGCUCUAAAUCAGAAGCAAAUGGUACGACAAAAGCUGGAGCGGAAGUGGUGAUGGC